CUAGAAUGGCAGUCGGUACAGUCUGCUGCCGUACUCGGCUAUUAUUACUAUUAUUAUUAAUAACCAAUCUUAGUAUUGGUCCUGUUGCUGCUGCUGAGGUGAAGGGAUCAUUAGAGAAGAAGGCUACUCUUGAAGGACCAUCGAAUGAUUGCUGGGAUUUGGUAAUAGUAAUACCGAGUCAUAUUACAGAGUUCUCGAGGAGAUGUGCAGUUAGAGAUGGAUGGGCACGUCAAUUGAGGGGUCAUGAACAGAAUAACCGUGGUGGUCUACGAAGUAUUAAAUUACUAUUUACUGUUGGAGCACAUUAUCCUGAUAAUUAUACUAGGGAUACAGCGAUGGCCGAAAUGAAGCAAUUCGAUGAUAUCAUCACUCUCCCUGCCGACUUUGUUGACCAUUACGAUGCUCUCGGCACCAAAGUCCGACUGUCAUUCAAGGAAGUAAUUGAUCGGGUGGGGAAGUUUCGUCUUGUGCUGAAAGCUGAUACGGACAGCUAUGUUCAUGUGGAGAAGUUAUUGAAUUUUUUCGAUAAGGAAAACAUGUGGGAAGGUGGUCCGGUAUAUGCAGGAUCCUUCCGGCAUGCACCAGUGAUGUGGGAGCCGGAGAAUAAGGAUCAUAAAUGGUUUGAUGCUAAGUUUACUCAAAUGACCGGUCUUACUCAGUAUCCAUGGAAUGCUCAGGGAGGUGGUUAUGUUAUAUCAUAUCAACUUGCCAAGUACCUAGCCCAUCCACCAUUACAAUUAAAGUCAUGGACGCAUGAAGAUGUUGGUGUAGGAGCAUGGCUUAUGGCAUUGGAUUACCGUCGUAUCGACAUGCCAGUUGGGUUCUCAGCACCGGAGUGUGGCUGUGCGUUAGAGUGCGUUGAUAGCAUCAACGAUUUAGGAGGUCGGGAUUUGGUAAUAGACCAUUACGUACCGCCCUUCCUGCAUAGAAUACGUCAACGGCGAAUGGAAAUAUUGGGAGAUGAUUGUUGGACACCAUCUGAUGCGAGUAGUGGUAGUGGCAAGGUUAUUCCGGUGAAUAGUAAAUGCUAUACACCAAUGUGGCUAGGCGGGGAAGACCUCCAAAACGAGUAUGGUUUGACUCCCCUCCAAUUGUCUCCCGAUUUCGACAUGCGACCAGCAUUCAAGGAUCAUCAUUUUCGUCGUCGUCGUCUGGAAGAUCACUCUGAAACACGCUCAGGAGUGUGCGGCAUCCACUUCGAUUGGCAACCAUCUCCAACUGAUGAAAGGUGUAUGGUCUGUCGAGGAAGUGACGGGUAUGACUAUGACGAAUUCGAAUGCGUGUCACCAGCCAACGUUGGUCGACCAAGGCAAAUCGACGAUGAGGGCUCUCAGCUCGUAUUGCCCAACCUUGAGCCCACCUACCCACCUGAUGAGCACUUCGAUUGGGAUUUGGUGAUAGUAAUACCAACACACAUUACGGAGUUCUCGAGAAGAUGUGCAGUGCGAGACAGUUGGGCUCGACAGCUGAGAGGACAUCAACAGGGAAAUAAAUAUGGUCGCAGAAGUGUGAAGUUGGUUUUCAUCGUUGGUGCCCACGCCCCGGACGACCGUACUCGAACAAUGGCUGAGGCUGAAGAGAGACAGUUUGGUGAUAUACACGUCCUACCUUCUGAGUUCGUCGAUGAGUACCGCUCCCUGGCAACAAAGACGAGGUUGUCAAUGAGAGACGCGGUCCAUAACAUAGGAAAGUUCCGACUGCUUCUCAAAACGGAUACAGACAGUUAUGUCCAUCUCGAAAGGUUGCUAAACUUCAUCGAGAAGGAGAAAAUGUGGGAUGACCGACGAGUUUAUGCUGGGGCCUUCCGGACAGAUGUGGUGGAGUGGCGGGCUGAGGAAAAAGGUUCCAAAUGGUGGGAUGGCGAUUUCAAGAAAAUGACAGGUCUCGAACACUACCCCUACAAUGCCAAAGGUGCUGGGUAUAUAGUGUCCUAUGACCUUGCUAAAUAUCUAGCCGAUCCUCCCAUUCCACUACGACGUUGGACACAUGAGGAUGUUGGUGUUGGGUCAUGGCUUAUGGCUGUUGAGUGGAUUGAAAGUGAUAGAAAAAUAAAGUUUGGGGAGUUCGUCCAGGGGAAAUGCCACAUUAUCAAAAAUAGGCAUUACCGUUUCCACCCGCUAGGGGCAUAUGGCCAUCCGAUUUUACCAGAUCACACAGACACUCGUUCGGGCGUAUGUCAGUUCGGUUUCCAUUGGCAGUGGAGUGCGGAUGACUCUGAUGAUAACUCUAGUGAGCCUCCUAGUCCGUCACCGUCGGGGAGUGGGAGGCUGAGGGCUGGCAGUCGUCACCAAGGUGAUGACGACUCCAGUAACAAUCGAAAACAUAGAUUUGUGGUGUGUCGGGGUGAUGAUGGUAACGACUAUGAUGAGUUCGAAUGCGCGGCCUCGUCCAUUCCAGCAGACAAUCGUCCGGCGGGGGUAGAAGCUCCUCUACAGCUCCAAAAGGAUUGGAGACCAGUGUCACCACGAGGGGUGGUGUCGAAUCUCGCACUCUGCACGAAGGUCCUCGGCAGUCGCGAUCUCAUCACAUUGCCUGAAUGUGAAGAGCUUGGGCGAUUUUACGCAGAUGAGAUGGAGACGGCCGAGGAGGAGGAGAAGGUUGAAGACUCUAGAAUGCUCUCGAGCUCUACGGAGGGCGAUGGUGGUGGCACUGCUACUACAGUUGAGGGUGUACUAAUUGGCUGGUCGUCACCUACUAUGCAGGGUACUCUGGGUAUGUGUACAGUUUACAACUCUUCACGAGAUUGUGAUAAUCACAACGAUGAUGAGAGAUAUGUAUCAUCGGCCUCCUAUGUGAAUGAUGUGGAAUUGUAUCGCCUUUUGAGCGACCAUUUGAAGCCAGUGAAAUCGCCAUGGAUGAUCUCUCGGAAAAAGAAGGAUGAAUCGGCCCGAUCGUCCCCUUCUAGAGCGAUUCGUAGUGGCGGGCAUGAGCUCGAUGUGACCUACAAUUGGGGUAUGCGUUCUCUCCUUAGUUUUCCUCUUAUUGCUAUUAUGAUAAUAUUUUCUCUCGGUGGUAUAUUUCUCUUUAAACGAUGGCACAGAGGUCCAUAUAGAAUUUCUCGAGAACGGCAAGAGUAAAUCGCAACCGUCCAGGGUUGUGGGUAUCUGCCCAUCUUGGUUUCGCUUCCCGAAAUUUGCCACCCCCGAUUUAGUCUGUAUACUAUAUUACAUCACUCCACCCGUUGCGUAUGGACAUCUGUAAACUACUAUUACUACUACUAUGCGAAUGCCAAUUUUACGGUCCUUUCGUGAAGUUGUUGCCGCCACAGUGAUUGCUGAUGAUAGUUCUUCGCUUGAAUGCGAGUUCCUUAUCAUCAUCAUCAUCGUUAUUGUCAUCAUCGUAUCAUUGUACUAGUAGUAGUAGCCUAAUUCCUAAGAUACUAUCAUACCACUCAGCGGGGUAUGCUGCUGUGUCUCUCACACGAGGGUGGUAGUGGUGGUGGUGAGAACUAAAACUACUAUUUCGCCUUCCUCCUCCUCCUCUUCCAUUUACCACCUCGAACUGUUCGACAAUGUUGGUCAGUAAAGAGGAAACCCUU